AUGUUCGCCGCCGGUUGCCAGUUGCCACUAUUGGAGAGCAGUCCAUUGGAAUUUCCCGAGGUCCUCGACAGCUCCAGCACAGGGCUUGGAGCCGAGGCUAGAUUAGGCAAUCUGGUUUCUGCCAGGCGCUCUACGGGCUCUGAUUGGCUCCUUUUGCCACAGGGGCCUUCCGGCUUUUGGGGCGGUGAGACGGUAUUGCGAAAGGGUAUUGCCUCGCCUCCAGUCAAACGAAGUAGAUUACUAGCUUUUGAAAUCAUGGGCUCUUAUUGGCCCAGAAUAUUACCGCGCAAAUUUCGGGUAAACGUUUCACCACCCGAAACCGCCAAUUUUCCAAAACGUUCAAGAGGAACAAGCGAGAAAAAUGGGCAUAAACAGUUACGGGUUGAUUAUUCCAACAAAGCUGAGAGCGAGGACGCAAACCGACUAGAACCGCUGGCUGGAUCCUCUGCUCUAUAG